AUGCCAUCACCGCGUCUACGAACGUUUUGCUCAACGCAAGUUCGACUCUUUGCCACACAUGCCGACAUCCACAGUAAACGUCUGCCAAGGGAGCGUACGUUUGAUGCUGUUUGUAUGGCAAUGCAGGCCAAGCUCCACCGCUUAGAUCAGCAGCAUCAUCUUUUUACCCCGGAGGUCAAAACCGUGAUUGAUGUGGGGUAUGCCCCCGGAAAUUGGAGUCAAUACUCCAAGUUUCGACUAUGUGACGUCCACAGAAUUGAGGAGGAUAAGUUUAAUGACACUUGCCACCUAUUAGGGGUUGACAUCUUGUUUUCAACUCCACCCGUGAAAGGUAUGCUGUGCAUCCAGGGCAACAUAUUUUCGAAACUCACACAUGACAUCGUGGCACGUCACAUAGCCACAUUCAACCAGCCAGUUGAUCUCAUAUUGAGCGAUUUGGGUAUGCCUUUUUCACAAUUGUACGGGUUUUAUUCGAAUACCAUUUCACGACCUCACAUGCGCCUCAACACCAACAAAGCAUUACAAAAGCCGAUGACGGACGUGAAUGUGGCAGCAGCAAACUUAGCGGAGGCAUCUUACUUUUUGUCCCGUCGUGUGCUUCGUUUGGGUGGGCUGCUAGUAGUCAGAAUGGGCCGUUUAACUAAGGCUCCCCCACGAGAACUUCGUGAUAAACUAGAAAAUGAAUUCGGUGACGUCGUUUACGAAAGAGACCACAACGACCACAUAUUCGUUUGCAAAGAUAAGGUGACUGAACCUCCACCACUUCCAUCACCGUGGGAAGCGGCUAAACUUUGA